AUGCAUAUCAAUAUUUUGGUAUUGGCGGCUAGUCUUUGCACUGUGGUGCUUGCGAAUUAUCCAUCGGAUGAUAAUAAAGAUGCUGUCGCCGAUUAUCCAUUUGAUCCAAACCAGGCUGGUGUACCGGACGUUGCAUUGGAUGCAAGUCAGGCGGCUGUAGUCUCUGGCAUAGUCUCCAGUCUCUCUUCUCUCUCCACUGCUCUCAAUAUCCCAUCAUCCCUUGCCUCCGAACUUUCCAACAUUCCCACCUCGGCCUCAACCCUUGGAUACUCUCCAACAGGGGUUUCGCAGCUAGACGAACAACUUUCCGGUACCAACAAGCCGGACUGGUAUACCUCACUGUCUCCAGACGCAAAGUCCUAUGUCGAUAAUGCUGUAAGCAUACUAGAUAGUGUAUACAGUCUCGAGAGUAUCUUAACCACUGCCACUGCUUGGCCCACUACAACUGUUGGAGUAGUAGGCGGCACGACAGCAACCCCGCUUAGUACUUGGGAGUCAACAUGGGCGAGUAGUACAAAGUUUGACGAUUGGGGGUCGUCCUGGGCGAGUAGUACUGGGGGUGCCAGUUGGUACUCCUCAUGGACAACCAGUACCGGAGCUGACAGCUGGGACUCUUCAUGGGCGAGCAGUACCGGGGUCAAUGACUGGGAAUCAACAUCGCCAAGUGGUAUAAGCUCUAAGGCUGGAGAGUCAGUGUUUGGAAGUAGUACUGGCACUAAGGAUAGCACGGCGGCGCAGACGACAGGACCAAUUCAGUUGACUACCUCGAACGCGACGCCGAUUAUGUGCAAUUUGAGACUAGGCUUCGCAUUAGCAGUGGCUGUAGGGUUGAUUUGCGCAAUGUAA